GUAAUUAUCGUCAUUCAUUUCAGCUUCAUUUUCCUAUCGUUCAUUCGUUCAGUUUUCUUUCUAUUUUUAUUGAACAAAAAAAAAAAAAAAUCAAUUCGCAACAAUGCUGCACACGGCAACCUUACCUCCGAUAUACGAAGUACUCGAAGAUGAUUAUGAGAAGAGCGAGUCAGUCUAUUUCUUACCCAAGAGACAACAGCCGAGAUAUGCCAGGCGGCGGUAUCAUGCGCGCGACGAUAGCAGUCAAGGAGUCCUCUCGAUAAUUCUCAUUGCUCUUGGAACAUUCUUGCUGGGUGUCAUUUCCGCACUGGUCAUCAUUCAAUUCAAAUCUCGAAAUCCUACGAACGGCAGCUAUGAGACGGGAUUUGAAGAAGAGAAGCUAUUACCAGCUAGCUCCAUCGAGCUUGAGCAAGUCCAGUUCAAAUUGCCGGUAGACUUCGCAUCCAAUGGGGGCGAGUUCCUCGUCGCUGAGCCCGGCGACAAAUCCUACAUCGGCACAACCGCGGAAGUAGACGCCGCCUGGAAGAACCUGCUCUGGGGGAGAUAUUUCUCGGUGUCUGAAGCCGAGGCGAAGGACUUAUGGGGAGACGAAUACACGGAGUAUUGGGACCAUCAUAGAAGCGGCUACACGGCAGGUCUCGACAUGUUCCAUCAGCUACAUUGUCUAAACCAGAUUAGACAAGCCCUACACCGCGACGUCUACCCAGAGACGCCCUUGCAUGGGCCCGUUCACACCGACCGCUGCUUGGAUCAGCUACGUCAGUCGAUUAUGUGCUGGGGCAGCACAGCUGUCGUCCCAUUGAAGUAUUUGGAAGGUUACGGCAGCGAGUACGUCAAGACGGACGCGGUUCAUACGUGUCGAAAGUUCGAGCCGAUUCGUGAAUUCGUGUCGGAGAGGUUCAACGGCAGUCUGUUCGUGCCACGGCCUAGCGGAUGGAUUGAUACUUCGGAUAAUGCAUUUUAAAAGCGAGUUGGCGCCUAGUUUAGAUACAUGUUAUACUAUUAUUGGAAUACCCCUGGGAAUUUUGGUUAGACGGAUAAUUGGCUUGAAGGCGAGUUUCUUCCCGCGAGAGCUGAGGUUACUAUGUUACUAUCUCCUGGCAUAUAGAGUUAUAUACACCCCCUCUUUGGAUUGCUAGAUUGACGGUUCUAUAAAUACAAGUC